AUGUUGUUACCCUUCCUCACGCUCCUUUCCACUGCUGCUGCUAUUUCGUCCAUCACUGUCGAUGGUAACGCCUUCUUCACCGAUGACGGCUCAAGAUUCUAUAUUAGAGGGGUCGCCUACCAACCUGGUGGGUCAUCCGUCCUCUUUGAUCCGUUGGCAGACUCAGAUACCUGUUCCAGAGAUAUUGAGAAGUUCAAAGAUUUGGGAAUAAAUACCAUCAGAGUUUACUCGAUCGAUAACACUGCAGACCACGACGAUUGUAUGAAGCAGCUUGCUGAUGCUGGGAUCUAUGUCUUGUUAGAUGUGAACAUCCCUAACGCUUCCAUCUCCAGAGAUUCUGCUGAAUGCUCAUACAACACCAUGUACUUGAACGAAGUUCUUGCUACUGUAAAGAACAUGGCACAGUACAACAACACAUUAGGAUUUUUCGCCGGAAACGAAGUCAUUAAUGAUGGUCCUUCCAUCGCAGCCGCUCCUUAUGUUAAGGCCGUUGUUAGAGAUAUGAAAAACUUCAUUAAGAAUACUGGUCUUAGAUCGAUUCCAGUAGGCUACUCUGCCGCUGAUACUACUCAGGGUUUGGACACCGCUGAGUACUUGAACUGUGGAAGUGACUCUAUGGCCAGAGUUGAUAUGUUUGGGUUUAACGAUUACUCCUGGUGUGGAUCCCUGGCUACUUUCACCACCUCUGGCUACAGUACUAAGGUGGAAGAGUAUGGUAACUACUCUGUGCCUCUUUUCUUCUCCGAAUAUGGUUGUAACACAGUAUCUCCAAGACCAUUCACUGAAGUAGGAACCAUCUAUUCUGACAAGAUGUCCCCAGUUUUCUCCGGUGGGUUAGUCUAUGAAUAUUCUCAAGAAGUCAGUAACUAUGGAUUAGUGGAAAUUGAAUCCAAUUCAUCUGUAUCGACUUUAGAAGAUUUUGACAAUUUGAAGAGCCAGUUUGCUAAGACUUCUAAUCCUUCUGGUGACGGUGACUACCACGCAAGUGAGGCAGCAUCCAACUGUCCUGCAGAACUGUCCACAUGGAACGCUACCACCACCUUACCUGAUACCCCAGGUGGAGCUUUAAAGUAUAUCAAUGGUAACACUGAACCUCUGGGCAGUGGGUUUGACGCUUCUACCCAAUGGGCAUGUGUCGAUGGAAAUAAUAACAAUACCGAUGGCAGUGACUCAUCUUCCAAGACAACCUCUACAGGAUCAAGUUCCACUUCCACUUCAUCGUCCACCGCCACUGCGUCUUCUUCCACCAAGAAGUCUGAUGGUGCUAUAAUGGAAGUUUCUACCUAUGGUUUCCUCGGUAUAGUCGUUGCCAUCAUGCUGUUAUUGUAA